GACUUACUGUAUAAUAUAUUUAUAGUUAAAUUUAACAUAAUAGAUAAAAAAAUAUUUAUGGCUUUUCUGUAAAUACAUUGUUCCGUUUGUUGACCCUAAAUGUAACCGUGUUUAAUCCAUACUACUUUAUUAGGUAGUAAAGUUCAAACAUUCGGGGUAUCUUAAUGCACUAUAAUUAUAAUGUAAAAGUGAAUCUUUACGAUAAAAUUACUGGAGAAAAAUUUGUAAUUGUAUGUAACCCAAUUAUACUAUAACUUCAUGCUUCACAUCUCAUGAUUGGUGUUGUUUUUUUUUUUUUGUGUGUGUUUAAUUUGAGAUCCCGGAUAUAGGGUUUAAGCUCGGAUAUAUAAAUACAUUUUACAAUUGACUUGGAUGUACAGACGUUAUAAACAGGAGCUAGCUAUGGCAACUAAGGAAAUUAGCAAAGUUUUCGUGCAAAUGCGAGAGGUUGUUGCAAGUGAUAAAAGCUCAAAUGUAUUUAUUGUCGUCGGGGCUUCGGGUGACUUAGCAAAAAAGAAAAUCUACCCAGUAUUAUGGGAGCUAUAUAAAGAUGAACUAUUACCAACACACACCUACAUUAUAGGGUAUGCCAGAAGUAACUUAACCCUAGAUCAGCUACAAGAACGAUGGGCCCCCUAUCUGAAGGUGUCGGAGAAGGAACAAGGAAAAUACAAAGAGUUUAUCAAGAUCAACAAAUAUUGUUCCGGGCAGUAUGACAAAACGUCCGAUUUUGGACGUCUUGAUAAAAUGAUUGCCGAUAUCGGCAACUGUAACAGACUGUUUUAUCUAGCCCUACCACCGUCAGUUUAUGAAACUGUAACCUUGAAUAUAAAAGCUGUAUGCAUGUCUAAAAGUGAUAAAUGGACUAGAGUGAUCAUAGAAAAACCAUUCGGCCGUGACCUUGACACCUCAGAACAUUUGUCCAAUCAUCUGUCAUCAUUGUUCCGCGAGGAGGAAAUCUACAGAAUCGACCACUACCUCGGCAAAGAAAUGGUCCAAAAUCUCAUGGUUUUAAGGUUUGGGAACAGAAUAUUCAGCCCUAUAUGGAAUAGAGAUAGUAUAGCAUCAGUUGUAAUCAGUUUCAAGGAGCCAUUUGGAACACAAGGCAGGGGAGGUUACUUUGAUGACUUUGGUAUAAUCAGAGAUGUAAUGCAGAAUCACCUGCUACAGCUGAUGACCUUGGUUGCCAUGGAGAAACCACCAACUACUGCAGCAGAAGAUAUUAGAAAUGAAAAGGUCAAGGUGUUGAAGAGCGUACCACCAAUCACUAUUGAUAACGUAGUACUAGGACAAUACGUGGGUAACCCCGAUGGGAAAGGUGAUGAGAAGCAAGGGUACCUAGAUGAUCCAACAGUCCCUGCAGGUUCAGUGACGCCGACAUUUGUAACAGCAGCAUUAUUUGUACGCAAUGAGAGAUGGGACGGUGUUCCAUUUAUACUAAGAUGCGGAAAAGCAUUAAAUGAACGCAAGGCAGAGGUGCGUGUACAGUUCAAGGAAGUACCAGGUGAUAUAUUCAGCGAGGGGAAGGUUAAACGUAAUGAGCUCGUUAUUCGGGUGCAGCCCAAUGAGGCUGUGUACAUGAAGAUGAUGACUAAGAGCCCGGGUAUGAGUUUUGACUGUGAGGAGACCGAGUUAGAUCUCACAUACGGUAGUAGAUACAAGGGAGUUAAAAUGCCGGAGGCUUAUGAGCGCCUUAUUCUAGAUGUAUUUACUGGAUCUCAAAUCAACUUUGUACGCUCAGACGAGUUAUACCAAGCUUGGAGAAUCUUUACACCACUUUUACACAAGAUUGAAAACGAGAAGCCGAAGCCCAUCCCAUACAAAUAUGGAAGUCGAGGCCCUGCAGAAAAUGAUGAGCUGUUUGCUAAACACAACUUCACCUACACUGGAACAUACAAGUGGUCUCCCAGCAAAAUAUGAGAUUUUUUGUGGGGGUUAUUUUUGGUGCAAGACAAUUUAUACCAAUCGAAGGACUUUGGUUUACACUGUACGAAGAUGAAAGAUCUAAUUUUAUACUAUUAUGAAGGAUAUUUAUUUAUGCCAGGGAUAGAAUUUAGCAAUAAUUUCUACUUGCAAAUUUUUGCAAGUGAUCAAAUGAUUAACUGGCAAUAUGAGGUAGUCAACUGGCAUUUCCAUUAUCAUGUAUCUUAUUAUUAUAAUACACAAUGACAAUGUAUUUUGAACAUAUUAUGGUAUGACAAUUCUUAGGACCUUCAUUAAUUUUAGCAUAUUUUGUACUUGAUUACACCAACAGCCUGAAAACUCAGAGGUACUGAUCUACUUAAAUAAAUAUUUCAGCUUAUAAGUAAACACUUUACAGAGGAGUGCUACGCAUUUACAUUGGACCCUGAUAAAACAACAUGUGUUUGGCUGUUAUAAAUAGUCCAUCAAAACAUAGUCACAGAAAAAAUAAGAUAGAGCAACCAAAAAUUGAUUUUUAAGUUUUUAAGGUAAACUUCAUCAAUUACUGCAUCUGGUACAGUAAACAUCAUCAGUUUCUGCAGCAGGCAGUUGCCAAGCAUCAUCAUCAGCUCAGAAGAUAUCAAUAAUGUAAAAGUCCAAAAUGAACAGUCACUUGCAAAUAAAUGCCAGCUAGAGUAAUUUUUACUGGCAUUAUUAGAUUUUAACUGGCAUUUUGCCAGUAUGCCAGCUUAAAUUCGAACCCUGUAUGCUGUUUAUCAAGGAUUUUAAUUUAAACGGGUAUAAAAAAUUUCGAUGAAUACCAGUAUGAAGGUGAAAGAUUUAAAUGAAGGAUUUAGUUUUAUAAUGGGAUGAAGGAUGGUGAUGUAUACCAGUAUGAAGAUGUAGGACUUAAUUUAUAUCAUUAAUUUAUGAAAGAUACUUAUAAUUAUACCAGCAUUAUUAAAGAUUAAAAAAAAAAUAACCAGUAUAAUUAUAGGAACUUCUUUUCUUUGAAAGCUUACCAGUAAUGAAGGAUUUAAUUUUAUACUGGUAUGAAAUGGUUAAAAGUGUAAAUAUACUGAUAUGAAUAAUUUUAUCGUAUACCAGUACAAAGGUAUUUUUAUUUAUACCAGUAUUCCUAUUUUUCAUUUUUACCAGUUACAGUACCAAUAAUACUGAUAUUAAUAAGUUUAACAUAAGAUUUUUUUAUUUAUACUGGUAUUGCUAUUUUAAAUUUAUACCAGUUCCAAUUAUACUGAUAUGAAUAAUUUUAAUAUAUACCAGUACAAAGGAAUUUUUAUAUACCGGGUAUACCGAUUUUGCUAUUUUAAAUUUAUACAUGUACUAGUACCAAUUAUACUGAUAUGAAUUACUGUAUAUUAAUGUUUACCAGCACAAAGGAAUUUUUAUUUAUACAGUACAAGUAGUAUUAUUUUGAAUUCAUAAUAUACCAGUACCAAGUUAAUGUUUACCUUCAGAAAGGAUUUUAUUCAUAUGGGUGAUUUAUUCAUUAUAUUAAAUUACAGUAUUCAUGAUCAAAAUCUGGUCAACAAUAAGUACCAGUUGUACAUUCUUGCUGUAUAUCAUAUGAGCCGCGUCAUGACAAAACCAACAUAGUGCGUUUGCGACCAGCAUGGAUCCAGACCGGCCUGCGCAUCUGCGCAGUCUGAUCAGGAUCCAUGCUGCUCGCUAUCAGUUUCUCUACUUGUUAUAGAGUCUGUAAGCGAACAGCAUGAAUCCUGAUCAGACUGCGCGGAUGCGCAGGCUGGUCUGGAUCCAUGCUGGUCGCAAACCCAUUAUGUUGGUUUUAUCGUGACACUGCUCAUAUGUCUUUAAAAAGUGUAAGUUGUAAUUCCUAAUAUAUUAUUAUUAGGUGAUAAAUUAUAAUGCCCAAUCAAAUGAGAGAGUGAUCCACAACUAUUUUGUUUGUAGUAGGUUACAUGCAAAACUACGCAAAAAAAAAAUGUUGUAAACCAUUAAAAAAAUCGAACAGAAAAAAAUGGGGUUAUUUUAAUUUUUUUUCUUAAAUAGCUGAUUUUAUUUUCUCUUGAGAAAUAAUGUUAUUUAAGAUGUAAAUUCUCUCUGUGAGGGAAAUAUCAAAACUUAAAAAAUACUGAAAAAAACUCAGAAAGGAAAUUUUAGAAAGUUAAAUUUCUUUUGUUUCUUAUUCAAAAUUUCUUUUGUAUCCUUAAUAUAAAAAAAAAUAAAAAAUACUCUGAAAGGAGAAUUUUUAUUUGUAUCUUAUUAAAAAUGAAAAAAAUACUCGUAAAGGAGAAUUAAUUUCUUUUUUUUUAUACUUGGAAAGGAGAAUUUCUGUUGUAUCUUAUAAAAAAUUUAAAGCACCUUUGAAAGAAGAAAUUCUUUUGUAUAUUAUCAAAAAUUGAAAAAUACUCGGAAAGGAGAAUUAAUUUCUUUUGUAUCUUUAAUAUCAAAAAUUAAAAUAUACCCGGAAAAGUGAAUUUCUUUUGUAUAUUAUCAAUAAUUUAAAAAUACUCGGAAAAGGAGAAUUUCUUUUUAAACCAUGGUCAUGAACCCUGGACAUACAUUUUUUUUUAAAUGGAAAGUUGAGUAUAAAGCUUUGUUAGGGGAAAACUUUUUUUUUUACUUUUUUUUUCUAGAAUAAAUAUAAUUUUGUGACAAUAGGAUUUUUUUGUACUUGUUUACUUACAUAUCAGGCUAUAAUAUCAUGACCUAUAUUGCUUGAUUAUUAUUGCUCUUUACUUGUAUUGAAUGUUUUCUGUGCCUUAGAAUAUGGGCAGUAUUUUUUUCAUGCUUUCAUUUUUCUCAAAAAAACAACUGGCUUAAUUAUUUUAUUCUCUUUAAAAGUAUAGUUAGAUAGAAAAUAGUUAUAAUUUCAAUUUUAUUGUAAUAUUUAUAUGUUAUCAUAUACAAGUACAUAUAUUGAAAUGGCAAAGAUAGGGUAUACUUGUAUCAAACUAUGUGACUUUUAGCAAUUUACUUGUAUAGAAAUUAUUGUAUGAAUAUACUCAUAUAAUGAAAUGGCAUUGGAUGAAAGGCUGUCUGAGGAAUAUUGCAUUGAAAUGCUAUUUCAUUAUGGCAUAGGUUUUUUUUUAUUUCUGUCUCGGAUAUAUCUUUCGUAUCAAAGUAGUUUGCAACUUCUGUAGCAAAUUACCUAAAUAGACAAUUUAAUACUAUUUGUCUAAUUAUCAAAAUAGCAGCAGACUUCGGGAAAUGGACAAAAAGCUCUCCAGUCCUGUCAUUUUCAGAGGGUGUGGGGGGAUGGCUUUUGUCCCUACUCAUUUUUGGACAGGAGGGCUUUAGUCCUACACUUGCAUACUUCAGUAGCAUUCUACCUAAAUAGCCAAUAUACUAUUUGUCUAAUUAGAAUUUAGACAGGUUGCGUCUCGUGUUUUAAUGUCCCAACUUUUUUUAUAUACAAUCAUAUUGAAUGAUCACCCCCUCAAUCAUCUUAUGUGUACCCUAUUUCUGGGUUUAAUAAAAGAAUCAAGAUAUAUUUUUAUAUAAAAUUCACAAGUUUGGUUGAGAUCAUACAGUGGCAAACUUUUACAUUCAGGUUUUACAGUAUUUUUUUUUUUUUUUUUUUUUUGCAAAUACAUUUGUCUGCCAAAAUUGCAUAAUUGUAAACAUAGAAUCUCACUACAGUUUGGUAAACAUCUAAGAAUUGAAUGUAUGUUAUAACAGGUCAGAGCAAAAUACUGCAAGUUUUAACUUUUAAGUCUGCUGCCGGCAACAGAUUUUACGUAUGUGACCAGUGCAGACCAUGAUCAGCACUCAAAUCUGUGCCAUCUGAAUAUGGUCUGCACUGUUCUCUAUUCAGUCGUACAUAUUUUAAAACUUUCCCUAAAAUGUUGAAUAAUUUUAUCCAGAUUGAAAGAUGGGCAGUUAUUUGGCGAGGCUUUGAUUAAUGUAAGAUUUGCCGCGUUGUACAAGCGGUCUGGUGUUAUUUGUUGUCUGUUUUCAACAUGUGUUACAUGCAAAAAUAAAAGUUUACAAUUAAUGACUAUCAACAGCUUGAACCUCAAACAUUUCUAUCUUAAAUGAUUCUCUUAUUCUGGUCCCUCCACUGACUUAACUUCUUGUGAAGACUAUCUAUCAUUCUAUAUUAAUUUAGCGUUUAUGCUCAUACAUUUUAGCCUUACAUUCAUGUGCAGCUGUUGUAGCAAGUACGGACCAAUUUACUGACCAGUUCUUUGCAAAUAGCUGCCAUUUUUUACCAUUUGACCGGGUCUUUAAUUUACUUACAAAUUCUUUGCAAAUAGCUGCCAUUUUUUACAUUUGACCGGGUCUUUAAUUUACUGACCAGUUCUUUGCAAAUAGCUGCCAUUUUUUACAUUGACCCGGUCUUUUAGUUACUGACGUGAAAUCGAAAGUAUUAUAAAAAAAACUCUUGUCGUUACACUGGACAAUAUUUCUUGUAUUUCUUGUCUUGUUUAGAAUGAUUUUUGCUAUACCUUUUUUUAUAUUUUGCAAAUGUUUACAGUUUUUAGUCUACCCAGUGAAGAUUUGAACUGUUUCAGUAUAUAUAUUUUAAUGAUUUGUUAUGUGUAAUCAUACAUGAAAAUAUUUACUCAUGAAUGUGUACUUAUGUUUUACAAAAUUAAAAAUGAUUAAAAUAUUUUGGAAGGUCAA